AUGAACAGUAUAGUUGCAGCCAAGGCCCUUGAAGAGGCCAGAGCUCUCGUAGCAGAGCUCGAGUCCUACGAUGGCUCUGUCGAGCAGCAGCACGCACUGCUGAACCGCGCCUCGACCGUUCGCGCCGCCAUGGAGGGGCCGUACGAGAUGGCGACGCGAUGGCUCGAGAACAUGAGCAUCGGCGCCGCGAUGAACCUCGUCGUCCGCACCGGCGCCCUCGAAAAGGUUCCCUCGCACGGAAGCGUCUCCGCCGCCACGCUCGCAGCCGCAUGCGACGUGGACCAGAGCGUCAUCACCCGAGCCAUGCGCAUCCUCAUUGUCAACGGCAUCUUUGCCGAGACAAGCCGCGACGACGAGUACGCGCACAAUCCGCUCUCGGCCGCCUUUGACCCCCGCCACGGCCUGGGCGGCUUCGUCGGGGUCUGCGUGGACAUUAUGCAGGCCUGGAUCGGCUUGCCGCAGUACUGCAAGGCGCAUGGGCCGCGGGAGCUGUUUGACCCGAGAAAGACGCCCUUUGCGUUUACGGCGGGCAUGGAGGGCAAGACGUACUACGAGGUGCUGGACGUGGACCCGCCGCGGCGCGAGCUCUGGAACAUUACGAUGCAGAGCAUGGCGAGCAACUUCCCGGUCCUGGGCAUGUUUCCGUUCAAGGAGCACUUGGCUGCGAGUGACGGAGACGUGUCGGCCGAGCGGCCUGCCAUUGUUGAUGUUGGUGGCGGGAGAGGACAGGCUCUGCUGCAGAUAUUGGGCGAUGGCGAUGGAGCGGCGUUAAACGGUCGUCUCGUGCUGCAGGAUUUGGCCACGGUCAUUGACACUUUAAAACCAGAUGAUGUGCCUGGAAUCGAGACCUUGGUGUACGAUAUCUUUACGCCGCAGCCAGUACAGGGCGCCCGUAUAUACCUGAUGCGCCGCCUCCUUCACGACUUUUACGACCCGGAAACGAUUGAGAUAUUGCGAAACACGGCUUCGGCAAUGGCGCAAGACUCACGUCUUGUCAUCUGCGACAUGAUCGUGCCGGACCUUGUACAGGUGAAUGGGCGGAUGACGCUGUACUGGCUCGACUUUUCGCUCCUGACCAUUGGCGGCAAAGAGAGAUCCAAGGCCGAGUUUGAGAAUGUUUGUGAUCAGGCUGGUCUGGAGAUUGUCAAGAUUUAUCCAUCGCUUGGUGAUAAUACGGCCAUGCUGGAGACGAGAUUGAAACGCCAAUAG